AUGACUGAAAACGUUAAAACACUGCAUUUAUCAAAUCUACCAAGUCGUCCCAAAUCGACACCAAAUUUUAUACGACUACUGUUAAAGUCUAUCAAUCCAACAAAUGAAUAUGUUUUGAGGCCGUCUAUAGAUCUCCCAAUGAAUACAACGGCAUCAUAUCCUGCUGAAUUGGAAUUAUUGGAUACAAAAUACAAUAUUAUUGGUAUUUCAAGGUCACAUUCCAAAAACUUAUCAUCUACUUGUUUUAUUACAUUUGUGACUGUUGAAAAUGCAUCAACUUUUUUACAAACUUAUAAAUCCAAACCUUUAAUGGUAAAUGGAAGGAACAUAGGUUUGGAGUAUGCCAAAAGAGAAUCAUUGUUGGCGAUUGCCUUAGACGAAUCUAAACCUGGUUUAUUCGAGAAGAUUCUCAAUACAAGACAUAAACAGAAGUUAUUAAAGUUAGAUGAGAAAGAAAAAGAGAUACAUACAAUGAGAAGGAAAGCUAGAAGAUUGAGAUGUAAAUUAAGAAAACAAGGUCUCGAUGAGGAGGCGAUUGCAUUGAAAAUUAAGGAAUUCCAAGAUGUAACAACUGAGGCAAAAGAAGCAAAACUCAAUACAAAAUUACAAUCUAAUAAACCAACCAAAAAGAAACGAUCGACAUAUAAAAUCAUUGAUAAUCCACCUAACAACAGAUUACUAGUUCAGAAUAUACCAAAUGGAACCAUUGAAACGGAAAUCGAAGAGCUGUUCAAAGGUGAAGGAUUUAAAGGAAUCAGACUCGUUUCAGUACGUAAUGUGGCAUUUAUUGAAUAUGAUACUGUUGAACAAGCUGCUGCUGUUAAAGAUAGUUUAGGAAAGGACCCUAGCUGGAAAGGUUCGAUCAUAUAUAUAACAUUUGCUAAAUAA